AUGGGGUAUGGAGUAAUGAACAAUGACAACCAAUUGGACAAAGGAGUCUAUUCACAGCCUAGCCAGUCUCAGUCUCAGAUUUAUAACAACAAUUAUCAACCAGGCAGUAAUCUAUGUGCAAUUUCAAGCAGUAGAGAUAUUUCUCAGCAAUCACUGUUACAUGACAAGGACCUUUCAGUUUCUCAAUAUGAAGGAUUGCAUGUCCCCAUGAGGAGAAAUCAGAAGCUCAGUGAUAAAGUAACAACCCUACAGAAGCUGGUUUCGCCUUUUGGCAAGACUGGCACUGCCUCAGUUCUUCAGGAGGGCUCUCUUCAUAUCAAAUUUCUUCAUGCACAAAUACAGGCUUUGAUUCAGAUGUUGAGUUUCUCUUACAAUAGGACUGUUAAAGCUCAUUAUACUCAAGUGUCACAUCAGGAAUGUGGGGACAAAUUACAGGUUGACCUAAGGAACAGGGGACUUUUGGUUCCCAUAUCAAUCACACACAAAGUAACAAUGGAAGAGCAGAUUCAUCAUACCUCUGCCUCAAGAAUUAUGUCGAGCUGA